AUGCUAUCACAUUUGUGGGUGAUGCGAGUUAUCUCUCUUAAGAGGAGAGACCUGCUAAAGCCUGAGCUUAGCAAGGAUUUUCAAUCCCUAUGUUCGGCUUCAACGCCAGUAACUACUCAGUUGUUUGGCGACGACUUAUCAAAGUUUGCCGAUGAGAUUUCAAAGGCGAACAAAGUUGCUACAAAAAUAUCGGCAAGCUCGUCUGUUUCUCAGCGCCGCCGAUCGCGAGGUGGUUACUGUAACAACAACAACAACAACAGGCAGAGGAAUUCGUCUUUUUUACCGCACCAAUUCUGCGUGGGGAAAGACGCAGGGAAACCAGAACCAAGACUCGUCGAGACCAUACAACAGGGGAUAACAAGCGUCAAAAGCGGCAAUCAACGGCGACAACAAGUAAACAAUGUGAGUUCAACUUCACAUAGUAUUUCCCCUGUUGGUAAUGUGGCUAACAGGGUUGAUCAGUGGUCUAAAAUCACCUCUGACAAGUGGGUUCUUGAAACCAUACAAGGAUACCACCUGGAGUUUGAGCGAACUCCUUGGCAAAAAUUUAUUCCUGGCCGAUUCAAUUUAUCGGAAUCAGAAAUUCUGCUAUUUAAUGCAGAAGACCGGAAAUAUUUGCGGUUUUGUUGGCAUGACAAAGUUUAUGAAUUCACGUGCCUCCCUUUCGGGUAUAAAUUAGCACCUCGGGUAUUUACUAAGGUGCUUAAGCCAGUUAAUGCUUCGUUACGUUUCCGUCAUAUUAGAGUAAUCUAUUAUAUUGAUGACACUUUAGUGAUUUGUAAAUCAAGUAAGGAGUGUGCACAACAUGCGCGUGAUGUUUGCCAAACCCUCUCUAUUCUUGGCUUUACCGCGAACGAAGCUAAAUCUCAAUUAUUUCCUAUGCAACAAAUCAAUUUUCUUGGAUUUGCUGUUUAUUCUGUCUCAAUGACUUUGUCACUCCCAACCCAAAAGAUUGACACUAUAAUUAAUGCCUGUCGUAGCCUCUUGGAAAAUCCAUCUUCCAGUAUUCGGGACGUGGCACACGUUUCAGGGUUAAUAGUGUCAGCUUUUCGAGUGGUAAAAUAUUUAAGGCAUUUUUAUCGUUCAGUUGAAUUAUGUAAAUCACACCUGAUUUCUAAUGGUUGUAAUUAUGAUGACAAGACUAUACUGUCUGAGACUGCUCGGUCUGAUUUAUUAUGGAUUAUACAUAACAUCCAGCGAUACAAUGGGCUUUCUAUUGUUACUUCUAAUGUGGAUUUUACCAGUGAAAGUGAUGCCAGCAUGUUGGGUUGGGGAGCCUGUUGUAAUGGCCAAUCGACAUGCGGCCUGUGGUCUGAGGUCGAAUCGAGAAACCACAUCAAUUAUCUAGAGACUUUAGGUGCGUUUUUCGCACUGAAGUGUUUCGCACGUGACGUUACUUGCAAACACAUUCAACUAAAGCUUGAUAAUACCACAGCUGUAUCUUAUGUCAACAAGAUGGGUGGCAUACGAUCUUGCAAUCUAGACAAUCUGGCAAGGGAAAUAUGGUUAUGGUGCAUUGAUUGACAUAUUUGGAUAUCAGCUGUCCAUUUACCUGGACAAAGUAAUACAAUAGCUUACUACAAAUCACGGAAUUUCAAUAUAAAUUUGGUGUGGAGUUUGCACCCAACCGUCUUUGACUGGUUGUCUCAGACCACUUUCAUGCCGGAUAUCGAUUUAUUUGCAUCUAGAUUAAAUACUAAGGUCCCAAGAUUUAUUUCCUGGUUGCCUGAUCAGUGCGCGUUUGCGUGCGAUGCUUUCUCAUUAGACUGGAGUAAUUUCAAACCUUAUGCAUUUCCUCCUUUCAGUCUCAUUCCAAGAGUGCUGACCCACCUACGGGCAAACGUUGUUACUAGUAACGCCAGUGUGGCCCUCCCAGGCAUGGUACCAAGUAGUAUUGAGAAUGUCAACCGAAAGACCAAUCUUAAUCCCCAAGUGGCCGAACCUUCUGAAGCUGCCCCACACGGAUCAGCUCCACCACUUGCAGGACCAACUCCAGCUCACCGCGUGGACUCUAUCAGGGCAUGUCUCCUUAGCCGAGGAUUUUCUUUUGGCGCAACCAAGGUUAUCUGCGAGUCAUUGACAAAGGGGACAGGCAAACAAUGCGAUGGUGCCUGGUCUAAAUGGGAGAGCUGGUGUCGUGAACGGUCACAUGAUCCUUUUCAGGCAUCUGUGAGUACACUGAUCAAUUUUUUUACGUCUAUGUGCAACAAUGGCAAAGCUUACAGUACCAUAAACACUUAUCGCUCAGCGGUGUCAACUACGCUUGAAGCUGUUACGGGGAUCAAUAUUGGUUCGCAUCCUUUAGUAACCAGAUCUAUGAAAAGGUGUUUUUGUGAACAAGCCUCCUAAGCCUAAAUACUCUUCUACAUGGGACGUCAGUCAACUCACAAUGUACUUAAAGACUAUAGAACUAUCAGAGUCUUUAUGGCUCAAGGCUGUACUUAAAUGUGCUAACAUAAUACUUCUAUUUUCAAGGCCCAUAGUUACCAUAGUUACCGUAGUGCUGUUACAUCUAAGGCUUUUUUCAAGGGUGCAUCGGUAGCUGAUAUCAUGAAAUUGGCUGAUUGGUCAAGACAGUGCACAUUUAAUAAGUAUUACAAUAAGCCUAUUGAUGUCGGUCAGUAUGCUAGCGUUGUCCUAGCCCUUUACGCCUAUUAAAUAUUGAGGUGUACGU